AUGACUAUGAGGCAAAAUAUAGCUCUGGUUCCUGAUGCUAAGUCUUAUUCUUGUGAGGAACAAGGUUGCAACAAAUCUUUUCAAAGAUCUGAUCAUCUAGCUAGGCACAGACAAAAUCAUACUAGGAGUUCCUUAUACGCGUGCAACUGGCCAGGGUGUAACAAGCAAUUUGUUAGAAAGGAUGUUAGAAAAAAGCAUUUCGAGAGGCAUCAAGCAAGAGAACAUAGCAAAAGUUUGAAAAAGAGCCGACCGAUACGGUUUUUAAGCUCCGAGCUGACCUUCUUAUCAGAAAGUCACAGUCAUAAUGAUGGUGUUUUUCCCAAAGUAAAAGGUGUAAAUUAUGAAAAAGGAAGUUCAGCAGAAUUAAACAAUAAUAUGAAAGGAAAAUUGGAUAGAAUGAAAUUACUGUUCAACGGAGAAAAUACUGCGAAUACUAAUGAACUUUUACCAAGAGAUCAAUCAGUAGCUGAGGGAAUUCCUGAUAUUUCUUCCCUGAUUCUACUUGAUUUGAAUGAAAGCGACAGAGCAAAUCAUCUGCUUCCCGAUCUAAUGUCCUGGUUGUUUGAUGACACAUCAUAUUCGAUGGAGAAUCGUUAUUCAUCAUUUAAUGUUAUGGACUAUUCGCCUAAUUCUGCAUUUAACGAGAUGUUAAAUGCUUCUCCAUAUUAUGCUACAAGUGACCAAACAGGAGUGGAUCGCGGAUCCAUAGACAAGAUGUUGAAAUAUAUACCUAGUCUAGAAUCUAACCCUGAUUUUCGAGUAGAACACAUCGAACUUUGUCUUGAAAACUACUGGCUUGUAUUCCAUGUUCAAUACCCAAUUUUACAUCGAUCCUCAUUUUCUGCAAAGGAAGCUCAUCCUUUACUUUUGUUGAGUAUGAUCGCUAUUGGUGCUUCUUUUGUGUCACACGUGCAAAACGAUUUUUCCUUAUUUCAAAAUGCCCAUCAUCUCGCUGACAAUAUUGCUGUUCCGCUAAGGUGGAAAAUAUUUUCGGCCGUUGAUUCGACACCCCCUGCUACCCCAUGGCUCAUUCAAAGUUUGAUUAUUUUAGAAUGUUACGAAAUGACAAGCUCGACACGAAUUUUGCAUCAAAGAGCAUAUUUACAUCGUGGCCUAACUUUUCAGUUAUUAAGGAGAAGCCCAUUCUUAGGCUGUGACCGAUCGACUUCAUCUAAGCAUGAAGAGAAAUUGGAUGAAGAAGGAGACGCUUGGAAAAGAUGGAUUGAAAGUGAGUCUUUAAAAAGAUGCGCUUUGAUGGCAUGUUUAAUAGACGCUACUCACGCAAUAAUUUUUGGGCAUGAGACCGUUGUUUCAAUCCAGCAGGUUAAGUUGUCAUUGCCUUGCGAUGACACUAUUUGGGAGAUGUCGAGAAUUGACAAAUAUAAUUUGCCACCCCAGACGGAAACUAUCAAAUUUCUUGCUGCGAUAUCAAAACUACUUCACAAUGAGAAAUUUGAAGUUGGGCCCUUUAGCAGGAAAGUCGUCUUUGCUGGCCUACUUAUGGUAGUUUUUCUGAUUGAAAAAGAAAAUUUUCACAUCAAGAUGCUUGAAAAUGAGCGUACAAGAGAGUCAUGGAAGGAUACAAUUUUCAAUGCAAUGAAUUUUUGGCUAGAUAGUAUAUGCCACGGAUCAUGCUGCGAUGGAAGAAUUACUUUUUACACCCCAUUUGGCGACAGACCUAAGCUAGCUAGCUUUGAGGACUCCGCUUGCAAGCUUCCUCUCUACCAUGUAUCACAGGUAUUCCUUCGUCUCAGUCAAUACGAUUGUAUAAUAUAUGCUGGUGCACCAAGUCGGAUGAACGUGAAAACAGAUGUCGCUGACUAUGAAGCUGUCAGUCGUCGAAUUCACGAAUGGGCGGUAUCGCCAAGCGGAAAGAUCUCGGUCAUACAUGCUUAUAAGUUUAUUUCAGAAAUCUUAUUAGUAGGGCCCAAAGACAUGUCUAGAGUUUACGAACCAAGAACUGAUUGCUUACUUUAUCGUCCUAAUAUCGUUGCUUCAUUAGUUUUUGUAAUAUGGGCAUAUAACUAUUGUUUGGAGGGCCCUGAAGGUUUUCUUCUAGAGAACAUAAGCUUUAAGUCCAUUGAAGAAUUAGCAGAAAGCUCCAAAAUUAACGGUUUUGAUUAUCUUAGGAAAAUAAAAGGUAUUUUCUCUAACUUCUUUACAACAAAUGAUUUUCGAAAAAUGGAAGCUGCCGACACUUGUGCAAGUAUAUUAAAUAGUAUUUCGGGGAAAAAUCACACAGUAGGGCUCCUCAAUUUGUUCUAUACUGAGUAUGAGAAAUGCGAGUCCCAUAUUUGCCAAGAAUAUGCAAAGCUCAUGGGGCACUGCAUUAAGAGGAGCCUUGGAUACAAAAAUAUUGUUUGUGAAGACAUGUACGAAUAUUCAACCUCUAGUUGCUAG